GAGACAGAUGUUUAACUGCAUCGGCAGGCCCACCGCGUUCGCUAUCCUCAAGUCAGCAAAGCCGCACCCGACAGCUCUCGUCAGAUGGCUCCUGAGACAAAGCAACAAAAAAAUCUAUCUGCAAUCGGAGAAACAGCAUCUAGUAGUAAAGCAAGUAACCUCAUGCAUCCAAGG